GCGCCUCGUGUUAUGCCUUGUAAUUAUCGCAUGGUAUAUCGCCUCGAUCUACGUUCGUGCCAGGUCGAAUGCGCGGCCGAUCUCGUAGAUAAAGUGCACGCCAAAAAAGAAACUCCGUCUUCCGCGGAGAAUAAAUCUCUGAUUAUUCUCUCACGGUUCCGAUCGCAUUUUCGGUGCGUGCAUCGAGUAUCUCGCGCUAAUCGAUCUAAUAAGAUGAAUAAGUUUCGCGCAUCGUUGCUGUUGUCCGUUCUCACAGUGAAUCUGUAUCUCGCAAGGACGUGCCUGGGCGUCGAUACGAAGAUCCUGAGCCUGUGCACGGCUCAGAGCGCCUGCGAGAAUUGCUUGGAGGCGAGCGCGGCUUGCGCCUGGUGCAGCGACUGGUCAUACUCGAAUUCCACGUACAACAAGCCGCGGUGCAACGUGCCGGAGCGUUUGCGCGCGUUCGGCUGUCCGGAUGCGGAGAUCCGUACGUCGCCGCCGGUAUCGCUCCAAGUGCUGGCGGACGCGGACUUUCAGGAUGUCUCGAACGGAAGCGUGGUACAGCCGGUUCAGCUGAAGCCGCAGAGGCUGCGGCUCAGGAUCCGGCCGCACUCCAGCCAAGUGGUGAAGCUCCAGUACAGGCCGGCUAAAAAUUAUCCCUUGGACCUCUACUACCUCAUGGAUCUCACGUGGUCAAUGAAGGACGACAAGGAAACUCUGGUAGGAUUGGGCUCGCGGAUGGCCAACACGCUCGGCACAUUCACCACGAAUUUCCGUCUCGGCUUCGGCAGCUACGCCGACAAGCCUCUGAUGCCGUAUAUCUUUCCGGGACACGAGGAAAAUCCGUGUAAGAGCGAGCACGCCGUCUGCACGCCGCUGUACUCGUUCUGGCAUCACUUGGAGCUGACCAACAAUAUACCGAGAUUCAUCCACGAAGUAAACUACAGUUCCGUGACCGGCAAUGUGGAUAAUCUGGAGGGUGGUCUCGACGGAGUCGUGCAAGCGAUCGUUUGCGAUCAACAGGUCGGAUGGGCGCAUCAAGCGCGCAAAUUGAUGCUUGUGGCGACCGACGGACUCUUGCAUUUCGCUGGGGAAGGCAAGUUGGGAGGCGUGGUGCAUCGCCAAGACCUUCAAUGCCACCUCGACGAACGCGGACGAUAUUCCUCGGCGGCGGAGUACGAUUAUCCGUCCCUGGCGGAGGUUUCGCGGCUGCUGCAGGAGCGCAAGGUCAAUCUGAUCUUCGCUGUGACGGACGAUCGCCGUCACGAGUACGAGAUGAUUGCUGACCUGCUGAAGGAGCAGGCCAGAGUGGCGACUCUCACGAGAAACAGUUCCAAUAUCCUCGACAUCAUCGAGAGCGCCUACCAUGACAUAGUGAGCAAGGUGGUCUUGCGUGAUAACUCGACUGGUCCGCUACGUCUGAGGUAUCUGUCCGCGUGCGGGCAAGAGGUAGGCGUCGAGUGGAGUACUUCUGAGUGCGACGGUAUACAAGAGGGUCAAGUGUACGAGUUCAAAGUCGUCGUAUCGGCGGACGCGUGCCCGAGAAACGAGAGUCUCUGGAGACAAACGGUGACGAUCGAUGAUGCGUUAGCAUCAGAAGCGUCCGAGGUACAGAUCGAGAUUGAACUCCUGUGCGGCUGCGAUUGCAAGAACGAAGAGAGCUCGCACUGCGAGCACGGGAUCAACGAAUGCGGUGUAUGCAAAUGCAACUUGGGCUGGUCCGGCGAUACAUGUGACUGCGACGAGAGCUCACCGAUCGAAAACAGACUUCAAUGUAUCGCUACCAAUAGCACAGAAAUCUGCUCAAACAGGGGCGAGUGCGUCUGCAGUACUUGCGUUUGCGAUAAGGGGUACAACGGACCCUCCUGCGAAUGUUCCCCGUGCGACAAAACGGAUGGGAUCGAAUGCGGCGGCCGAGGUACGUGCGACUGCGGUGUCUGCGAUUGUCUGGACGGCUGGGAAGGUAGCGGCUGCCAAUGUCCGUCCGGUGACGAGCCCUGCAUCGCUCCCGGCAGUAAGGAAGUAUGCGCUGGUCAUGGAUACUGCAAUUGUGGACACUGCCUAUGCAAUGAAACAGACACAGCUGGUCUAUACUAUCGAGGCACCUAUUGCGAGUCAUCGGCCAGCGCAGGCGGCAGCGGGUUCUGCAUCCUUUAUAACUCUUGCGUGAACGUCACGGUCGAAUAUCCGGAGAAAGCGGAAGAACUAUGUCAGACCGAUGCGAUCCUCUACAAAACCGAGCGAGUGGACACGGUGGAUACGGAUAACGAGUAUUAUUGUUUCGUGAGGACUGUCGAAGAUAAAACUGUCUGCACCAUACCAUACGUGUACGAGUUUCAGCCAGACAAAACGGUCUUACUGAGAAUCGGCAACAAGAUUUGCCGCACGCCGAUCCACGCCGCGGUCAUCCCGGGGUUCAUUUUCGGCAUCGUAUUGCUGCUUGGCAUUAUCGGUUUAUUCAUUUGGAAAUGCUGGACAUCAAUACAAGAUCGCAAGGAAUACGCGAAAUUCGAGCAGGAACAAAAGAGAACCGUUUACGCUUUGGACGAGAAUCCGCUUUUCCGUCCGGCUACUACUCGAUUUCGAGUACCCUCCAUGUACAAAGACGAGUGAGAGUUAAUUAACAAUAUGCAAAGAAUUUUGUAAAUAUGUAAUAAAUUUCUAAUAAAGUUCCUCAAGUUAAUUCAC